CAGCCUUGCAUCGCCAUACCUCCCUCUAGUUAAUACUCACUGCGCCCGCACAGCACCCGCAACCUACUUUGCAGCUCCCCCGCGACCUCUUACGCCUUCUCCAACGAAUCAUACCCCUUUGUUUCGCCUUUGUUGUGGUCGCUUCGGCCUUCAUCUACCGACCCCUCACCCACAUUUCGUCCGAACCAACACCAGCAUAACCCAUCACUUUGCACCACCAUGUCGCAAUUCUUCAACUACGGCGGCCAGCACCAGCAACAGCACCUCAACGCUCAUUCGCACAACCACCACGGCGGCCGAUCGCGGAGGGCGCCCCGGAUGUCGGCUCAGCAGAACCACAGGCAGAUCCGACAGCAGGUGCGCACGCCCAAGGAGUUCAACGUUGAGCCGCCCACGAUGCUCGCAUUCAAGCGUGACUUUGAGGCUGCAAGGUCCUUCGACAUUGAGGACGAUGAGAUGUUCUGCCCCUUCCACUUGCUCACUGAGGAUGAUCUUCAAUCUAUCCACUCUUCAGGCUCUGACCGCUCGUCUCUCUCGAGCGGAUCGCCAGAACAGUCUCCUCUCCAGCACCAAUUGCAGCCAACUCCGUCUUUUGUUUUGUCCUCGGCACCGAACCCAUACACCCCUGCCGGGUUCCAGCACAACAACUCGUCUCAGACGAAGCUCCACCAGCCACUAGCUCAGCGCACCCGCAACGCCAUCCCGAUAGUCGACCCCUCCACCCGAGCUGUUGCCAGCCCUCCACCAUCUGUCUCGCCUAACCGACAGAUGCAGCAGCAGUUCAUGUCGCGACGCUGGUAAAGCCUUGCAGGCACGAGGCCAUGCGUUUUGUUCCGUCGGUGUUGCGUCUUCUGUUGUUGAGCUAGUGGCUACCCUUCUCAUGCGCGAGUCUGCUCUUGCAUGCCUUUACUGGAUCUAAUUACCUUCUCCCGGAUAUCCUCUGGAGGAUCAUGCGUCCAUACUAUCGACUCUCCCCUGUACAAAUCUACGAUAUCUCGUUCGACAUCUUGGUAAUACCACUCGACUCGGCGACGGCGUUGCACUGAAGCGAAAACACAUCUCUUUCGAAUAGAACGCAUUGGUCUCUUGUCUUUGAGCGCUAACGCAUUCACGGCGGCUUGCACAUAACGGUGUUUUGGGUUCGCAUCCUCGGUUAUUAUCAGCGUUCUAAAGACUUUUAAGAAAAUUCUUGGUUACAGAUAAUGGUGUUCUGUAGCGGUGCUAUCAUACAUUAUUGUCACCCGGCUGCCUGGUAUGGCGCCACUACAAAGGGUAGAUUUCUUUUGUGCGGUUGGUCUUUGGUUUCAGCGGUCGGUAUAUACCAUUGGGGCGCGAUUUCGAAGCGGUGGUGUCAAUCGGUUUUUGGGUGCAUGCGUCGGCCUGUCUAUCAGUACCUGUACGACGCUGGGAUGAUUCUACGCAGUCAAUCGGCGCAGGGUUCCGUUGGUUUCUUUUCCGUUGUAUGAGGAUUUACGACCCAGCGGUUGGGGCGAUCUUUUUUUCAAUCUCUUGGUUUUAUCUCUCCUUCGGGAACUAUUCUCUUUAUACAACACGCCUCUUUGAAGAGGGCAGUGCGUAUCUAUAGGAUACUGAAUCACAACUUAUCUACAUUAAA